AUGGAUCCCCUUACGAUCACAACAGAAGCUGAGGUCAUCCCUACCACCAUUAUGGUCACAACAGAAGCUGCGGUCGCCCCUCCUAUCACCACGGUCACAGCAGAAGCUAAGGUCACCCCUGCUAAGCGAGCAAAGACUACAAGCCACUUACCUCUUCCUAGACGCCAAUUCUAUCACUCUCACACCGGUCAGCCAAUGACACUUGAUGAAGUACUCUCUGACCGAGAUAGCGACAAUGAGGAGGCUGAGGCAUACUCGUGGAUAGAUCCAAAACAGUAUACUUUCCUAACUCGUGCAAGUAGUAGCCGAAGAGGUCGUGGUGGUGGAGCCCGAAGAGGUCUUGGUGGUGGAGCCCGAAGAGGUCUUGGUGGUGGAGGCCGAGGUGGUCGUGGUUGCGGAGGCUCAGGUGGUCGUGGUUGCGGAGGCUCAGGCGGUCGUGGAAACCUCACCUAG